ACUCAUUCAACAAGCUGUGCGUUUUCCGAGAGGUUCUGGCAGGUUAACAGCAGAAAAAACAACCCUAUCACUGAUCAGAAGAAAUGGAGUUGGGGAAAUUGAACCGAACCCCUGCAACCACACGGUAACGCGAGCGUUGACGAGGAGAGGACUGAAGAAUGGCUGCUCCUGACCUCCUUGAUCCUAAAACAGCCAUUCACAACUCCAAACCACGCCUGUCGUUCUCAGCUCAGCCUGUGCUGCUGAAGUCUCCAGAUGACUUUGAGCCUCGUGUGACUGUUAUGCGCUGGAAAACAGUGCUGAGCGUCUUCCUGCUGGUGGUACUGUACUUGAUUGUCGGAGCAACUGUGUUUAAAGAGCUGGAGCAGCCUCAUGAGACGUCCCAGAAACUGGCCAUCCUGGUGGAAAAACUGGAAUUCCUUGAGCAGCAUCCAUGUGUCAACUCAUCAGACCUGGAGAACUUAGUGAAGCAAGUGGUGUCAGCAUUACGAACAGGAGUGAACCCUUCAGGAAACUCAUCCAAUCAGAGCAGUUUAUGGGAUCUCAGCAACUCCUUCUUCUUCGCUGGAACAGUUAUUACAACCAUAGGAUUUGGGAAUAUCUCACCUCACACAGAGGGUGGACGCAUCUUCUGUAUUAUCUAUGCCCUGUUGGGAAUUCCUCUGUUUGGGUUCUUGCUGGCAGGAGUGGGAGAUCAGCUUGGAACAAUCUUCGGAAAGGCAAUUGCUAAAGUGGAGGGGAUGAUUGAUAAGUGGAAUGUGAGUCAAACCAAAAUCCGUGUGAUUUCUACCGUUCUUUUCAUUUUGUUUGGUUGUCUCCUCUUCGUCGCCCUGCCGGCCAUCAUAUUCAAACACAUUGAGGGCUGGAGUGCACUGGAGUCCAUCUACUUUGUCGUCAUUACCUUGACAACCAUUGGCUUUGGAGAUUUUGUCGCGGGCGAGGGCGAGCGACGCCAGCACGAAGAGAACAGUGGUGGUUCUGAGUUGGAGUACCUGGACUACUACAAGCCCCUGGUGUGGUUCUGGAUCCUGAUUGGUUUAGCGUACUUCGCUGCUGUUCUCAGUAUGAUUGGAGACUGGUUUCGUGUCAUAUCCAAGAAAACAAAAGAGGAGGUAGGAGAAUUUCGAGCUCAUGCUGCUGAAUGGACUGCUAAUGUGUCUGCUGAGUUUAAAGAGACACGCCGGCGACUUAGUGUCGACAUUUACGACAGAUUCCAGCGUGCUGCAUCGAUCAAGCGCAAACUGUCCGCUGAAAUAAACCUCAGCCCACCUGUCAAUCCGCAGAUGACACCAGGGAAACGUGCACGUUCAGUUAACCUUGGAGAUGAGAGAGAAGUGUAUCCCUACACGUUUGUACGAAACGGAAGCUUAUUCCUCAACGGUCUCAUCCCGGAUUACGCUGAUCAUCGGGAUAUCACUAAAACGCAAACAAAAUGA